UUAAACGUACUAAAAAAUUUGAUGAAAAAAUUUCUAAUAAAAAAACAAAAACUGAUAAUAAAACUACCCUACAACAGAGUAGCACACUUGAAAGAUUUUUUACCAUUAGUAAAGUUUCUAAUAAAGAAAAAGUAAAAAGUAUAUGGGAUAAUCUAAACGAUGAGAAAAAGUUUCUCCUCAAAGAUGAAUAUAUACAGAUGCAUAAAGAUUGGUUAUAUCUAUUAAAAGAUGAAUUGGUUAGUGAAUAUUAUCUAAAUAUCAAAAGACAAAUCGGCUUUAUCGAAGAUAGAGGUAUUGAUGUACUUCCACAAAGAAAUCUCAGAUUCCAGUGUUUUAAAAUAUCUCCGUUCGAUAUCUCCGUAGUAAUUGUUGGUCAGGAUCCAUACCCAAAUGAUGCAGAUGGUUUGGCAUUCA